UCAUUAGCACCGCAGCCGUGUGCGCGAGCACGCGCGUCAGGGAAGCGGGGCGAGAGGAAGAGACGGUUUGUGCGGCUCCGCGUCGGGCACCUGCGUUCGCCCGUUUUGACCGUGCCUCGCUUUUUUUUCCCCCAGGAGGCUAAUUGAGACUCGGCACUGCAACCGGGGGGCCUUUUUGGACGUUGGCCGAUGUGACCCCUGACCCCUGAUGGAUCUGAUCCAGGCGACCCAGGACGCCUCGCUGCCUCAACAUGUCGAGCCCACGGCCACCUGGAGCGUCCACUCCCACUUCCUGCUGGCCUCCGCCUCCGCCGAGUCGCUCCUCCUCCCGGCCUGGGACUCCGCCGAGUCGCUCCUCAACGCCACCUGCCUCAACUGCACCAAGGCGGGCGCGGCGUCCCUGGCCGGUUUGGCGGGCGUCUUCAUCCCGCUCAUCUACGGCGUGGUCUGCGCAGUGGGCCUGGUGGGCAACACGCUGGUGAUCCACGUGGUGGUCAACUACACCAGGAACGAGUCGGUGACCAACAUCUACAUCCUCAACUUGGCCAUCGCCGAUGAGCUCUUCAUGCUGGGCCUGCCCUUCCUGGCCGUCCAGAACGCGCUGCUCUCCUGGCCCUUCGGCUCGCUGGUUUGCCGCGUGGUGAUGACGGUGGACGCCAUCAAUCAGUUCACCAGCAUCUUCUGCCUCACCGUCAUGUCCGUGGACCGCUACCUGGCCGUGGCGCACCCCAUCCGCUCCAGCUGGUGGCGCCGCCCGCGGGUGGCCAAGGCGGUCAGCCUGGCCAUGUGGGCGGGCUCCUUCGUGGUGGUGCUGCCCGUGGUGGUGUUCGCCGACGUGCUGGAGGACGACGGCAACUGCAGCAUCGUGUGGCCCGAGCCGGCCGAGCUGUGGAAGACCUCCUUCAUCGUCUACACCUUCACCGUGGGCUUCUUCUGCCCCCUGCUGGUCAUCUGCCUGUGCUACCUGCUGAUCGUCAUAAAGGUACGGAGCGUGGGGAAACGGGCGCAGGCCACGUCUUCCCGCCGCAGGAAGUCGGAGCGUAAGAUCACCAGGAUGGUGGUGGUGGUGGUGGCGGUCUUCGUGCUGUGCUGGCUGCCCUUCUACGCCCUCAACAUCGUCAACCUGCUGAUGGUCCUGCCCGGCGACCUCCGGUGGCUCUACUUCUUCGUGGUGGCGCUGUCGUACGCCAACAGCUGCGCCAACCCCAUUCUCUACGGCUUCCUGUCCGACAACUUCAAGCGGGGCUUCCGCAAGGCCCUGUGCCGCUCCUCGCGACGGGUCAAUAGCCACGACCGGGCCGACGACGGACCGCGGCGGCCCACGGAGGAGUGGGGCGGCAUCGCCCUCCGGAGGCAGGGGGACGAGCUCGCCGGGGGGCGACGGGAAGAGCAGCAAGGAAGCGCGCAAACGGGCGAAAUGUUUCAGUUGCCGAACGGCAACGGCAACGACGCACACGAGGUGAAGAGGGCGCAACCUGACGACUCCGUUCCAGGUUCCGACCCUGAACGCAAGUCGCAAAUCGGCACCUUUAUGGCGGACAAGUCGGUGCUAGAAAUCAGCUACUUGUGACCUGUACUGUAUGUGUACUGUAAGUAAUAUGCAACUGGAAGUAUUUGAUACUUGUUUGUAUUGACACACGUGCUGUUUUACACGCCGUUAUUGUUCAAUGAUUAUUACGUAUGUUUAGCUUGUGUGCUACUGUUUGCUUAGCUGUUGUGUAGCUGCCGAUGUUUACCUUUUGUAUAAUACUUUCGUAAAGUAGAAGAAAUUGUGUGCUUAUUAGGAGGACAUUGUGAUGUUUACUGGCUGGAUUGGUUUACAUGCAUACCUAUAUAUAUAUAUUUUUUUUUUUUGUCGAUAUCGGAUCGAUAUCUGAUACCAACAUCGGAUUGGGACGCCCCCGAUCUUUUAAUUACUGUAUUGUGUGUGUUGUGUGUACAGUUAAAGUGACUGAGGUGUUUACUGAGCUAUAUAUUUGGUAUAGCUUACAACAAUAUGAGGCGAAAACAUUGUACUGUAAUCGAUAUUCGUCAGAAAAGUGAACAAAAAAGAGAAGUGUGAUGUUUUUUGUCUCAUUUGAACGCGCAGGACUUGUUACGGAUGUAGAUAGGAGCUGUUAGGAUACGCACAGGUUCAAAACACAGCGAAGUGGUUAACUUUUUUUUUUUUUUCCCUUGGCCUCAGUCUGCA